AUGACGAAGGGCACGGCUUCAUUCGGUGCCAGACGUCGCCGAUCUCUCCACAUCCAGAAGCACACCUGCUCGUCCUGCGGAUACCCUGCGGCUAAGAUCAGACAAUACAACUGGGGUGCGAAGGCCAAGCGCAGAAAGACUACUGGUACCGGACGGAUGCGCUACAUGAAGGGUGUUCCAAGAAGAUUCAAGAACGGCUUCCAGACCGGCGCACCAAAGGACGCGAAGGGACCUACCACCAAGUCCGAAUAG